AUGAGUGCCACCUACAUCCCCCAGGCCCAAAUUCUCCGCGACAACUGCGAGUUCCUGAAGCCCAACCCCAGAGUCCACAGCCAGCGCCUAACAAUCCAGCACUGGCAGCUCAGAGAUCUGAUCACUUGUCCAAAGACCAGCGAGGAAUUUAUCUAUGUUAAUCAGAACACCGUCAAUUGCUACAAUACCCGCACAAAGACCACCACACCUCUCAUGAAGGACCUCACAUUCCAGCCCACUUCUCUGACAGCAGCAUGCGGAUACCUUGCAGCGGGCGGACAGCGAAAUCAGUUGAUGGUCAGGCAGAUGAACAGCAAUUGGUUCGCGCAUACGUCCGUAGGCGGAUCAAUUAACAACGCGCUAUGUAUUUCAGAGCAUCUGGGAGGAACGCGAUUAUUGAUCAGCAACAAUGACGAGACAAUCAAGGUCUAUUCUUUGCCCGGCCUCCAGCGUCUGACGAGCAUCCAAUUCCCCACAGCUGUCAACUAUGCUUCUGUCAGUCCAGAUGGACGCAAAAUGGUUGCUGUGGGUGAUUCGAACCAGGUCUUUUUGUACGACAUCUCGGUCGCGGCAGGGUAUCAAAAGAUUGGCACUUACACAGCAACGACUGAGGCCAGCUUUUCGUGUGCCUGGAAUCAAUCGUCCGAGAAGUUUGCCGUGGCCAGCCAAGAUGGAUAUGUGAGCGUGUGGGACAUUCGUUCGAGUGAAAAGAUGUGCAAGCUCGGAUCGAAGCAGCAACCACAAUCAAAGGGCGCUACACGCUGUGUCAAGUUCUCGUCUUCUGGCUCAAUUGAUUUGCUUAUGUACAGUGAGCACGUCUCAUAUGUGAACCUGGUCGAUGCCAGGACCUUCAAUGACCGGCAGGUUGUCCGGGUUGCACCACCAAAUAACGAUGAACACGUUUCUGGCAUUGCAUUGAGUCCUGACAGCAAAGUCUGCUUUGUCGGGCUGGAACAUUCAGUACUCGAGUACGAUGUGGACACGGUUACCCGAAGGAGUUUUCCUGCCGGCAGUCUAAUUUAG